CUGAGCACAUGAUAACGCGCCUCACCGCGCUGCAGAUGCGCCUUCUUUUUUAUUGACCUUUAACGCCAUUCUCAAUUUAUUAAUGACGGAAAAAACGAUCGGGUUAACCUUUACAGAAGAGGGGAAUAUGCUCUCUCGCUCACCCACAAUAUCAUAUAUACCCACCAUCUGUUUCAGACCGAUUUCAAUGGAAGGCAGUGAUAAGGAUUAGGCAUCAUACUUUAUCUGAAAUACAGGAAAUACUUAUGGUAUAGAUAAAUGGUAUAGAUAUUUCUGAUCAAAACAUUGCAUUGUGUGUGUGUUGCUAGAGUUCAAAGUGAAGUUGUUAUUGGUGAUGCUUGGAUGUUCUGAUUUGAGGUAGAUGAUCACACAGACAAGAUUAAUAUCAUGAGAGAGAAGACUAGCAUCCUGAUCACACUGCCCUGGAUUGACCUGGAUCCUGAUCACUGUCGUUAGAUGUUUGAUUUGUCCAGAAAGAUCCUCCAGAAAAUAUCGCAGAAUCUUAUGGAUUUUUUCCGGAGAACAUUUUUAUGAUUGAGGACUGUAUGGUGUUUUUGGGUUUUAUCUUAACAAGGAUUUUUUUUUCAGGGAUUUGUUUCAUUGUUUUUCCUCCCAAACCAUUGUAAGGUUCACAUGUUCUUCUUCACAAUGUGGAUACCUGCUGGAGAGUGAAGAAUCACAUAAUUGCAUAUUUUCAUUUUUCUCAAUGAUUUUUGUGGGAGAACAAAGAAUGCAUAAUAAAUCCCUCCCUCUUCUUUGGUUUCUUUUGGGGUGAGAGACAAACUCAAACUCAAAAUGUCUCUGUUCACACAGAGGAAAAUACGCACAUUAACAGGACUUUUGUGUGCCAUGACCUUCUCAAUGUUUGUGUUCAGUUACACACUCAGAGAACCCUCGCUGUACUUUUUGAGGUCCAUGCUGGGCCUGUCAGGAAAUGCAUGUUCCUGUAGACGCUGUAUCAUUCACCUUGAUGAUGAAGAUGAUAGCUGGUUUAUGGAACGGUUCAACCAAUCCUUCCACCCACUGAUGUCCAGGAAAAGCAGCAUGCUCUCAGACGACACAUACAGAUGGUGGCAGUGGCUACAGGCUGAGAAGAGUCCAUCCAAUCUAACCAUAGUGUUGGACAGAUUAUUCCAGCUGAUCCCUGCUGAGGAACGCUAUGUUGAUGCGAAUCCAGAUCGCUGUCGAACAUGCUCUGUAGUCGGUAAUUCUGGGAAUCUUCGGGAGUCCCGUUAUGGGUCCUACAUCGACUCCAGUGAUUUUGUCAUACGAAUGAACCAGGCUCCAACACAGGGUUUUGAAAAGGAUGUUGGCUAUAAGACUACUCAUCACCUGAUGUAUCCAGAGAGUGCCAUCGAUUUAGACAACUCCACACGUCUUAUACUCAUUCCCUUUAAAACUCUGGAUCUAGAGUGGAUCAUCAGCGCUCUGACUACAGGAGACAUCUCAAAGACAUAUGUACCAGUCAAGUCACGGAUCAAAGCCAAUAAGGACAAGGUGUUAAUCUACAACCCAGGCUUUUUAAAGUAUGUAUAUGACUCGUGGCUAGAGGGUCAUGGAAGAUAUCCAUCCACUGGAUUCCUUUCUCUGAUGUUUGCAGUUCACAUUUGUGAUGAGGUGAAAGUGUUUGGAUUUGGUGCUGACCAGGAUGGAAACUGGCACCAUUACUGGGAGGACAACAUGCUCAGAGGAGCAUUCAGACACACAGGCGUCCACGAUGGAGACUAUGAGUACAACAUCACACUGCUCUUAGCAGACAAACACAAGAUCACCCUCUACAGAGGAGGCUGAGAUCGCACAUGAAAUUUUCCACAAAGCCUUAACAGAACAGAACUACCACAAGUCAGGGGCUAUUUGAGCACUUAUUGCCAUUUAUGUACGGAUUGAAAGCUUUAGAGAUUUUAUUUUAUUUUAUUUUAUUUUUUAUUUACUUUUAGAAUGAAGAUAAAAAAAAUGUUUGGUGGUUAAAAAUAAUUAAAUGAUUGGUACUUCAAAAAGGACUUUGAGGCUGUUUGCAAAUGUUGCCCAUAUACUGCAGACAUGGAUAAUAUCAGUUUCACUGACUGAUAACAAGUUAAUAUUCAAAGCUCUUUUUUUUUUUUUGCACAUCAUUCCUGAUGUAUUUAAUACUUCUUUUUAAUCAUUCUUUUUUUUUUUGUCAGAAACAUAAUAGAACUCACUUUAUUAAUGUGUUGUUGUUUUUUUUAAUGUAUUUGACUCUAUUUCUAACAUUUUCUAUAUACAUCUUUUUUUUUUUUUUCUUUUUUUUUUUUUAAAGCAACAUUUUAUGUAAAAUUCACUUUACAUUUCUCAGUUUUAUUCAUUGUGAUAACAUGAAUAAUAUGCCGUGGUUUAGUGGAAGAUUGCUUCCAUCUACUGCAAAAAUAUAUACUUUUAAAAUUAAAAUAACAUGAAAUGAGGACCACUCAUUGGCUCUUUUCCCAUUUCCAUAUAGGUAUACAUCUGUUCACUUUUUUAUUUACUGUAGUUUUGUAUAUAGACAUUAUAAAAAUACAUAUAAAAUAACUCUUUGUGAUAUUAACUCCACAUUAUUACAGUCAAACAUGAUGUUAUGUAUUUUAUAUGUGUGUAUGUGUGUGUUUGUUUGUGUUAAUCAGCCUAAAUCAGCCACAAUGCCAAAAAAUUGCACAGAAAUAAAAAGGAGAGUUCACCCACAAAUUUAAAUUCUGUCAUUAAGUACUCACCGUCAUGUAAGACCUUCUUUCAUCUUUGGAACUCGAUUUAAGAUAUUUUUGAUGAAAUCCAAGAGCUUUCUGACCCUCCAUAGACAGCAACGCAACCACCAGGCAGUAAGGACAUCGUUAAAAUAGUCCAAGUGACAUCAGUGGUUCAACCUUAAUUUUGUGAAGCUACGGAAAUACUUUUUGUAUGCAAUGAAAACAAAAAUAAAGACUUUAUUCAACUACUACUUCUCUUCCGUGUCAGUCGACGAGCGUUCACAAGAGUACCACGACACAUGCGUGUGAUGCUACUGAUGCAGGACCCAGCGUUCUGACGUAGAACCUGCAUGUGCUGCGCCAUGUUUGCAAGCAGAGGAAAGCACAUGCAUGCAUCAUGGUACUGUCGUGAAGGAAACAUGUAAAUGGGGUUAUUAAAUUGAAAUGUUUGUUGAUGGGCUUCAUGGAUUAAUUCAUGUGAGUUCAUAUUUGAAGUGCCUUUUUUGCCAAAUAACAGUGCCUUAUUUUAGAGAAAAUGAAUGAAUGAAUUAAAUAAUGUUUUUUUAUUCGUUUUAAUUUUCCAUUUCUCCAUGUCUGUUUUGUAAGUAGUGUAUAUUAAUUCAGUGGUAAUUUUCACCAAACAUAUGUUUUAAUGUAUGACAAAUAAAUGA